CUAUAGCUAUUGUUCUUUCUUCGCAUUUUGAUCCUUAGGUAGGAAUUGCUUCGGGUAAGUUGGGCAGCAAUUUUCAGCCAUGGACCGCCGUGAUGUCCCAAGUCAAAGUCCUGUAAACUCGCACAGCUUCUUUGAUGGCAGUCCCGGUCAUGCUAAUCCGACGCUUCGCUCACCAGCUUUAACCCAUGAACGUCCUUAUGGAAUGCAUUCCCUUCCAAGUGCAUUUUCCAUGAUGGGAAGAAGUUUUUUUUUGUCUCAUUCAAGUCCAGAUUUUCUUAGUCAAGAUCCAAUGCUUGCCUCUCAACCUAGUUUAUCACCUUCAAGCCACCUUCACAGUGGUAUAGGUAGUGCAACUGGAGCCCCUUUUUUUUCUUGGAUGCCUACUCAUCCACAUAUUGCUAGUCCAGAUUUUUUUCAAACUCACAUCUCUAGUGGAUGGCUUGGACAUGAUCAUGACCGUUCACGUGAGCGCAUAGAAGACUGUUUAUUUACAUCUCCCCGAUCACAUGCACCACCUCUGAUCAAUGGAGCUGGUAGUACAGCUUUUUUUUGCCCAGGAUCAGGUAUUUUUUACCCUCACGCUUCCACUUCAACACCUCCAGUCCAUAGUUUUCCACACCACACUCCAGGCUGGUCUAACCACAACAACCACAAUCAAAGAGGAUCUUUUGAUCAUGGAGAAAAUCACGAUGACUUAUUUUCUUUACCUAUGAGACCUAGACAUACUAGUAUGAGUAGCGAUGAUGGCACUAAGAACUUAAUUAAUAAACACAAUGAGUUACCUUUUUUUUUGCAUGUACCAGAUCGUAGAAUGGACCAUCAAAAAGACACAUAUGAUAGAUCUAUAGGUGACUCAACAGGUGUCAUGUCUACUUCACAUUACCAGGACAAAACCCUGCCAUUUUUUUUUUCUUCUUCUGUUGUCAAAGAAACAAAUCCUGUGAUAUCACCAUCUUAUGUCCAGGCUACCAGGACAGAUUUUUUUUACAAACAAACUACAGAAGGAUCAGCUUUUUCUUUACCUCCAUCUUCUCAAGAUUCUAAAAUUCUACCCCCACCACCAAAACUAACCAAGACUAAAGCUCCUCCACCGCCAAGUUUUUUUUUGCCAAAAUCUAUUCUCAACGACAGAGAAACUGUUGUGCCACAAGUUUCCCCUUUUUUUUCAGAAAAGAGCAAAACUGCAAAUGAAGGUAUUACACCAAGAACAGAUGUCAACAGUACUGGAAAGAAGUCUUCUCUAAACUCAAGUGAGCCAGUUAAAGAGCAGAAGCUAAGUUUUUUUUAGGAAGCUUUGCUUCAAAAACUCAAAGAUAGACCUAUUCUUCAACAGACUCAGCCGGAUGUUAAAAAAACAAAUACAGUUCAAGAAACAUCAAAACUCUCACAAACAAAGCCUUCUCCGACUAAAUCUGCUCCUCCAAGUAAAGUAUCAAAUACCCCUUCAAUAAC